AUGGCGUCACGGUUGGCUAAGAGCGCCAUUGGCGCCGCUCGUAUCCGUCCUUCGGUUCUCCCUCGAUCUGUCCCAGCACUCACCAGCGUCACUCCAGCGCGAUAUGCCUCCAACGUGCCGGCCGAGGACCCAAAGAGCAAGGCUCAAUCCAUCAUCGAUGCUUUGCCCGGUAACUCGAUCGUCUCCAAGACCGCAAUUCUCUCCGGUGCCGCUGGUCUCUCCGUUGCCGCUAUCAGCAACGAGCUUUACAUCCUGAACGAGGAGUCCGUCGUCGCCUUCUGUCUGCUCAGUGUCUUCUACGCUGCUUUCAAGCUCGGUGGACCCGGCUACAAGGAGUGGGCCGCCACCCAGAUCCAGAAGCAGAAGGAUAUCCUCAACUCUGCCCGUGUCGACCACACAAAUGCCGUUAAGCAGAGAAUCGAGAACGUCCAGCCCUUGAGCGGCGUUGUCGAUGUCACCAAGCAGCUCUUCGAGGUUUCCAAGGAAUCCGCUCGCUUGGAGGCUCAGGCUUUCGAGUUGGAGCAGCGAACUGCUCUUGCCGCCGAGGCCAAGAAGGUCCUUGAAUCCUGGGUUUCCUACGAGAGCCAGGUCAAGCAGCGUGAACAGCGCGAGCUCGCUGAGUCCGUUAUUGCCAAGAUCCAGAAGGAACUGCAGAACCCCAAGAUGCUGCAGCAAGUCCUGCAACAAUCCGUCGCUGACGUUGAGAGAAUUGUUGCCUCAAAGGCUCAAUAG